AUUAAGAAGAAACAACAAGAUGUGCUUGGUUUCUUAGAAGCCAACAAAAUAGGAUUUGAAGAAAAAGAUAUUGCAGCCAAUGAAGAGAAUCGGAAGUGGAUGAGAGAAAAUGUACCUGAAAACAGUAGACCAGCUACAGGGUAUCCCCUGCCACCUCAGAUUUUCAAUGAAAGCCAGUACCGUGGGGACUAUGAUGCCUUCUUUGAAGCCCGAGAAAAUAAUGCAGUGUAUGCCUUCUUAGGCUUGACAGCACCACCUGGUUCAAAGGAAGCAGAAGCCCAGGCAAAGCAGCAAGCAUGAACCUUAAACAUUCUGCCUUAAGCAUCUUGAAAAAUGAGUCUCCUUUGCUUUUAAAAUAGCAAAAUUAUCUUGGCUUCAAAAGAAAUAGACUUAAUGCUGAAAUAAUAGAUUAGUUGGUGUUCUUGCAUGCAAACAAUCAAAAUGAAUAUGUAAUUAAAAUGUGAAUGUCAUGUUGAGUAGAAUGGGAGAGAAACAUAAAAUUUUAAGUAGAUAUCAUAGUAUUGUUACCUGCCAAGGAUUUUAUGUAGUUCAAUGGUUUUACAAAGAAAACAUCCUUGUUUUUUGAUAUUGUUAUUGCAGCUUAAUUAUAUCUGCAGCUCGGCAUUAAGGAAUUUAAAGAGAAGAUUGAAGAGGGAGAGAGGGAGAAGUAAGGAGGGGGGAGAGAGAGAGAGAGAGAGAGAGAGAGAGAGAGAGAAAGUCUGUCUCAUACUACUCCCAAAUGGCCUCAUUAACUUCAAUGAGCAAAAAUAAGUGCUAUUUUGAUGUUAUUGUGAUUAAAAUGUGCUUGCAGUAAUGUUUAUGAUAUAUUAAGCAUUGCUAUUUCCUGUGGUAAUUAUAACAUUCCCAUUCCCAUUCUUUUGUAGAAGAAACAUCUAUGUACUGAACCACAGGUUUUCCAGGCUUCUAAAUGUAGCUUUCCAUUGCACAUUAAGUGAUCAGAAUAGAUGAAUUCCCACAAAAAAGCAUAAAUGCAUUCAGUUAACAAGCUCCUUAUUUUAUUUCACCGCUAUGAUGGAAUCAUGCUUCUAAGUUGUUUGCCUCAAUGAAAUAUGCAUGUCUAUGUCAUAGAAGUAGGAUAGAUGUUAAGUUUAAAAUGGCACUAUUGCAGAGGGCUCCAACUUUGUUUGAAAAUAUGUUGGCACGGCCUAGAAUUUGUUUUCCUUGGGGUUUUGCUAAAAAAAAUCUUAUGGCUCCUUGCCCCCUUUAAUACAAUUUGUGAUCAUGAAUGCCUGUUAUCUCUUGACAUUUCAUUUCAGUUUAGGUAUAUAUUGUGAGAAUACAUUAAUCUAAGCAGAGAAAAUUUCCUCUGUGCCUCUAUUUCAACAAAAAGCACAAGCAUCAAAUAAAAGGGGCAACUUUUAAAAUAUUUUAAGACAUUUAAAAAAAGAUGAUAAACAGCCUAAAUCACUUAUCCAGAAGCUAUACAUGUUGUACUUUAGUUCCAUUUUUUUAUGUCUAAAAUUAAACACCUUUCACUUUAAACUUCUUUAUCAUAUCUGUUGUUUGCAAGUCUGUAGUCUGCAAAAAUCAACAUAUAAUGAAGACAUGGCUUUGUUUACUGAGAUUCAAACUUGAUGCGACCACUUUAAAAUAAAGUCAGUAGUUUUUGAAACAACAUUUAUGAGGUCCUGAAGUUUCUAAAUAGUGUAACAGUAAUUUUAGAUGAUUAAUGCCUUAUUUAGAAGGUUUGGAAGGAGAAAAGAGAAAAUAGCAGAAAGAAAACAAUUUGAAUGAAAUUUCUAAGUUUUCUUUUUGUGCCCAGAAUUUUGU